GUCGGCGAUGCCCAAAUCGUGAUCUUCGGUUUUUAGAGCAGGAAACGGAAGGAGAGAGGGGGAAGGAGAGACUCAGCGAUCCCCUCGAGGCUUCUCGUCUCUUCUCCUCUUCGAUCCAUUUCCGCCGUUCUCCUUCCGAUCCAACUCUCCUUCGUCGCGGUAUCGGGAUCCGUCCGGAAUCGAGGACGCCGCAGAAAUGGCAGCCACAUCCGCCAACCGACGCCUGCGUGACCUCCAAUCGCAGCCGGGCAACAAGACGUGCGUCGAUUGUGCUCAAAAGAAUCCACAGUGGGCUUCCGUAUCUUACGGGAUCUUCAUGUGCCUUGAGUGCUCCGGCAAGCACCGCGGCCUUGGCGUGCACAUCAGCUUCGUCCGAUCUGUCACCAUGGACUCCUGGUCCGAGGUCCAGCUUAAGAAAAUGGAGUCUGGUGGUAACGACCGCCUUAACGCUUUCCUCGCUCGCUAUGGCGUCCUCAAGGAGACGGAUAUCGUGGCCAAGUAUAAUACACGGGCGGCAUCUGUCUACCGCGACCGCAUCCAGGCCCUCGCCGAAGGCCGAUCCUGGCAGGAUCCGCCUGUCGUCCAGGAAUCGCUGGAUUCCAAGUCAAAAAAGCCACCGUCGGGAUCGAGUGCUCGGAAAGAUGGCAAUUUCUCAAGUAAUAGUGACUGGGAUAGUUGGGAUAACGAUAAUUACCAGUCCUCAUCCUUUUCUGAUAUGAGGAGGAAUCAAUCGUCCGGUGAUGUUAGGUCUGGUGGUGGCAGAGGAUUUGGAGGGACGCAGCAGCCACCCCGAUCUAGAUCGACGGAGGAUAUGUACACCAGGGCACAACUCGAGGCGUCCGCGGCUAACAAGGAGAGCUUUUUCUCGAGGAAGAUGGCUGAAAAUGAAUCUCGUCCUCAAGGGAUCCCACCAUCCCAGGGUGGCAAAUACAUUGGAUUCGGGUCUACACCGCCUCCUUCCCAGAGCAAUAAUUCGCAGGGUGAUGUGCUUCGAGAUACAGUUUCCGUGGUUUCUCAGGGUCUUGGCCGGCUAUCUUUGGUUGCAAGCUCUGCUGCACAGUCUGCUGCUAAUGUUGUCCAAGCUAGUACUAAGGAGCUGACAUAUAAGAUGAGGGAGUCAGGGUAUGAUCAGAAGGUCAACGAAACUGUGAAUGUGGUAACCAACAAAACCACUGAAAUUGGGCAGAAGACAUGGGGAAUCAUGAGAGGAGUCAUGGCAAUGGCUACACAAAAAGUAGAACAGUACACUACAGAAGGCAGCAGCUGGAAAGAGAACUUGCCACAAAAAGAAAGCGAGCAAAAUGGUUACUAUCAAGAAUUUGGUCAGGACAAGUCUUGGAACAAACCUACGGGGAAUUCAACCAAACAGUCCAGUUCCUAUAGCUCUUGGGAUGACUGGGGUGAGAGUGACAGGAAGGAAGAGCCAAGGAAGGGCAGCACUCAGAAUAGCGAAAGUUGGGCAGGUUGGGAUGACGUGAAAGACGACGAUGGCUACGAUAGCUACAAGCAUAGCUUACCAAAUAAGGGUGUGCAUCAAAAUGGAAAAUCGACUUGGACCGAGGGUGGUUUUAUGUGAAGUUGAUCACUGGGUCUGUUAUUUUCAUAUAGCUUUUUUCUAUUGUUAUGUUUCAAUGAUGUGUCCAUGGAAGUUUAUAUUGGUGACAGUUUGGAAGUUGUAUCCUCGUAAUUUUGGUUUUUUAGAUAAACUGUCUUUUGUAUUUUUCUGCAACUCUGACAGACAACUACUAUCCCCGGAUAAGUUUAUAGCAUUAUUUAUUGACAUA